AACUCAGAUUCAACGAACAGUAUCUCUGUUUAAUUAUACGGUUAAUUCUAGUAAAUUCUAGCUAAAUAUACAAAAUAGUCUCGAAUACACGUCGUUUUUGAAAGCAAAUGACUUAUUGUUAUCGAUUUUAAGUGGAUAAUUAGUCUUCUCUGAAUUUUUUAAAAUUAUUACCAACAAAAUUUUGAAAAAUAACAUUUUUUCGGGCAAGACUUUUUUUUCGUCGCGGGAAAUAAUUAAAAACAACAAUGUCUGACACUUGGAAUGCUCUUCAAGCCGCAAAAAACAAAAAUAAAAAUAUAAAAGAGCUGAUGCGCAAUAGAAAAUGGGUACAAAACAAUAUAGUUGAUACAAAAGAGCCAGUGGCGAAACCCAACCUACUAAACCAACAACCAACAAAGUCGCAAGAAAUAUCUCCUGAAAAUUUGCAAUCAUUUGAGAAAAAACUCUUUACUAUUUUAACGGAUGUUAAUUUGGACUUUCCUGCUCCAUUACGAUCAAUUGAAAAGAGUAUGAACGAAAACGGAGAAAAAAUAGCUUUAAAUGUAAUCAAAGAACUACUUUUCAAAUUCUCUGCUCAAAAAUUUAUCAAGAUAAAAGAAGGAGAAAACGAGGAUAUUACUGUUGAGAGUGUAGACUUUGUAAAGAUUACAGCUUUCUAUCACGGCACAGUUCCUAAGAGAAAGAGAGAAGAAGAUGAGUUUGAAAGUGAGAAGAAAGCAGCUAAAGUGUCCAAAAUGGAUUCAGCGAAAGACUUAGAGAGUCUCCUAUCAUCUCGAACCACUAAAGAGAGAGAAAAUAUGAAACCAAUUGAAGAAAUUCGCAAAUUGUUAGAAGCUCCAACAGCUAAAGAACUAUCUAUGCAAGAAAAAUUUCAGUCCAAGGGUGGUCACUUAAAAGAAUUCUGCGCACACGGAACUAGAGAAGAAUGUAAACAGAUCAGCGGAAGUAAGACUGCAUGUGGAAAAUUACAUUUCAAGAAGCUGAUUCACAAGCAUACCGAUCCUUCUCUCGGAGAUUGCUCUUUCUUAAAUACCUGCUUUCAUAUGGAUACUUGUAAAUAUGUUCAUUACACUAUCGAAUACUCCGACGAACCUAAGAGCAAAUCAUCUUGCUCUGCAAUCUCCAAGUUUGACAAACAAAAUACGACUCGUCUCUUUGCACCCCAAUGGGUUCAAUGUGAUAUCAGAGCGUUAGAUAUGAAAGUCCUUGGUAAAUUUGCUGUGAUCAUGGCUGACCCUCCGUGGGAUAUUCAUAUGGAGUUGCCAUAUGGAACAAUGAGCGAUGAAGAAAUGAGAACUUUAGAUGUACCAACCCUCCAAGAUGACGGAUAUAUAUUUUUAUGGGUUACUGGUAGAGCUAUGGAAUUGGGAAGGGAAUGUCUCAAAGUUUGGGGCUAUGAGAGAUGUGAUGAACUUAUUUGGGUUAAAACAAAUCAAUUACAACGGAUAAUUCGAACAGGAAGAACUGGGCAUUGGCUAAACCAUGGAAAAGAGCACUGUCUCGUUGGUGUAAAGGGCUUUCCUACUAAUUUUAACAAGGGCCUAGAUUGCGACGUUAUUGUAGCGGAAGUUAGAGAAACGUCUCACAAACCCGAUGAAAUUUAUGGCAUUAUCGAAAGACUAUCUCCGGGUGCCAGAAAGAUCGAAUUAUUUGGUCGAAUGCAUAACGUUCAACCAAAUUGGAUUACACUGGGAAAUCAAUUGGAUGGAGUUAAACUAUUAGAACCAGACUGCGUUAAGAGGUUUAAGCAGAGAUAUCCUGAUGAAAACGCUAUGAAACCUCCUACCGGACCGGAAAUAGUUGAUUGA